ACUGCAUAGCGCAUGCCGAUCAUGCGCUAACGUGCUGAACGUGUAAUAACGUGUUGACUAAGCGCAGCAACCCAGUGAACCCAUUCAAAUUCCGCCUUGGAGGCUUCCUGCCAUUUCAGCGUCUUCGCGUAGUUUGCCGGGACAGCUCAUGCUGCACGGAACGCCGCUGAUGAAUUCUUCGAGCGAGCCUUCAUCGCGAAAAUGGAUAUUAUUGUCAAUAUUGUGGAUUAGAUUUGUGAUUCAUCCCUCAGUGUGCAAACGUGUGUUGGGUCUGUUUCGUAAUAUUCACGGCGAUCCAUGAACGUUUGUGGAGCUCGCCGUGUGUGUCUGUCUGGUGUUCCUGCGAUCAGCACGCCCGCCGCUGACGGAUGGCCUGAUCAUCCGUGAUGCUAGUGCAUUCCUGGGAGAAAGACGCGAAGAGCGAGACGAGCGAAGAAGCGAGCGAAGUCGAGCGAAGUGUCAGGCGUGAGGCGGAUUGAGGAUUAGGAAAGCAUGGACACGCCAGAACGCAGUGCAGCGGAGAAAGUCUCGGGCGAGACGACGGCCGCGGCUGCCCUGCUGCCACUUCCAGCCAGCAACGGAAACGGGACUGCAUCCGUCAGCAGAAAGCCUUUUCCCUGUGAACACUGCGAUAUGAGUUUUGUGAGUAAGGCCAAGCUGAGCUACCACGUGAUCCGCACCCACACGCGCCACCGUUCCCCCACGCCGCCGGAAACGGGCCUGGACGCCGCCUUGACCGUUGCUCCGUCCCUGACCAAGGAGGACAAAGCCGAAUCCGUUAACGUUGAACAGGACGCGCUGCGUUUGGCCGUCGAACCGGCACGAAUGGCGCUCGCUAAGACGCCCCUCUUUGGCGUGAACGAGACGCCGACCCCGACGCGCUUCCUGUUGGCACUGGACCAGGCCGGUCUGACGACGGCGGUCAUCCGCGGCCAGACGAAGGAGGCCAACCCCUUCAGCGCCUCCUUCCGCUCCCUCAACGGCCAGUCGAGCGACGCCCCGCUGAGUCCGUCCGGCCGCGAGCUGACCAACCCGGUGCUCUUCGGCAGCACCCACCUCUCCCCGGUGCCCUUAUCCGGUAUUUCCCCCUCCUUCAUGGUCUACAGCCCGCUGCCGCACCCCCUCUACUACCUAGCCUCGCCCCCGCCCCCCUCCGCCACCGCCCACCCCCCGGCGCCGCCCUCCGCCGGCUUCAGCAACGUCCCGGUCUUCUCGCUCUUCCCGUCCAGCGUCCCGCCGGCCGCGGAGAAGGCCGCCGCCCCCGGGGUGCUGUCGCCGCCGCCGACCAACGGCGUGGUCAGCUCCACCUGCGACGACAGCCCGCCCGAGUCCCCGCCCACGGAGGCGGCGCCGGCGGGGGCGUCCCAGGAGCUGUCGCCCGGGCGCUUCGGCGAUCUGACCCUGGAGGACGCCGGUGGGGAGGCGCAGCGCAUGGACGACUUCAGCGAGACGAUGAGCAUCCAUUCGGAUGAUUCCAGCCUCCCGGCGCACGCUUCCGGGAGCGGGGAGCCUGGGGGAGGCACCGGACCCCGCAAAACCCGCCCCAUUCUGGAAACGGACGACCCGGUGCUGGCGGACAAGCGGCGACGUAAUCGCAUCGCGGCGGAGAAGUGCCGGAAGCGGCGCAAGGAGCGGCAGGAGAAUCUGGAGGUGAACAACCAGAACCUGAAGGCCAAGUACACGGAGCUGCAGAAGGAGUUCCGCGCGCUGCAGCAGAGCAGUCGGGCGCGCAUCCAGCAGCUGACGGAGGAGAACAAGACGUUCAAGCAGGAGAACAUCUUGUUGCGGACGCAGUUGGGGCAGUUUAGCUUGUUACAGCAACAGGCCCCGCCCCCGGCGCCGCCCCCCGUCGCCCAGCCGACGCUGUUCGCCGUGACGCCCAACGGGCAGCGCGUGCAGCUCUUCCUGCAGCCGGGGCCCCUGGGGGGCGCCCCCGCCGCGCAGGGCUUCGUCACGCAGUGACAAUAAAGGGGGCGGACGAGGGGCCCCCGGGGGUGUAUUCUUGCGAGUAGUAUUCGGUGGUUCGGUGCGGAGAAAGAGGUUUUAGCGUUUUAACCCGAAAGAGGCCUUUAUGAGAGUGUCCACGAUUUGACCCGUUGAGCAUUUGUUAUACAUUUUAAUCUUGCAUAUGUACAUUUUGUGGUGGAUUCAUUUUAUCGGUGCCGGUGUUGUUGAUUAUUUUCUCAUAUGAAUAUUCUGUCGUGCAGUAAAGAGUUACGUGCA